CUUACAAUUCACUGUUUAACAAACAACAAAAAACAUCGCACCAAUAUGAAGGUCUUGGUUUGCGUGUUCCUGCUCGUCCUCGGUGUUUUCGCAGAGGAAUCUCACGAACAGAAGAAGGUAGACAAGCGAGGACUGCUGGGACUGGGAUAUGGAUACGGCCAUAGCCUAGGGUACAUUCCGACCGUGGUUAGUACCCCAGCUGUGUCGUACAGCAAGGUGUCACUUGGCCACGGCCUGGGAUACGGAAACGGUCUCCACGGCCUGGGAUACGGCCACGGUCUUGGCCACGGGCACUACGGACUUGGAUACGGCCACGGAUUAGGUUACAAGACCGUGCACUAUGCCCCCACGUACUCCUACUACGGAGGACUUCAUGGAUACGGCCAUGGUUACUACGGCCACCACGGCUACUACUAGCGCGGGCAGCGGGGAUCGUAAUUCAUGUACCAUCAGCACAAAUUGCAUUAAAACACAAGUAAAUAAAAUCUGAUUGAAUGUAUCAUUAACAAAACGAAAUCUGUAAUUCAGUAGCGAAAGCGUCAUUUCUCGCAACCAAUCUUAAGAAUAAACUGAACUAAAGUAAUUAAA